AUGUUAGCAGAGAAGGGAUGGAGAGCUCUGUUGGUAGUGGGCUCGAUAUUAUGCGUGGUAUCCUUGGUGAAGUUUAUCAGAACCAGAGGACAGCUCCCACUGCCUCCAAAGCCAAAAGGUCUUCCAAUCAUCGGCAACACAAUUGAAUUCGUCUCAGCAGCCAAUGGUAAUGCUAUGCAUUUACUUCUCCAAAAAUGGGCAAAGGAGUAUGGAGAAGUUUUCAGAGUCCAAAUUGGGCCUGUCACCGAAUACUACAUUAACUCAGAUCGAGCUGUGAAGGCGCUGAUGGACAAAGCCUCCGCGCAGACAUCACAGAGACCGAGAUGGAUUGUGAGCAACGAGCUUCUCUGUAAUCAGUGGAACGUGUUGCUUCUGAAUGCCAGUGAUCCCAGAUGGAAGCUGCCACGCAAACUCAUACAUUCAGAAAUGGCAAGUCCAACAAUGGCUGAUGCCGCACUUCCCAUGCUCUACUACGAAACUUCGAAAUUUUUAGACGAGGUCAUCCAUGACCCCACUGCAGGCACUGACAAGCAAGAUCUCUGGACCCAGAUCGGACGCUACACAUACAGUAACUUUGCUAAGCAGACUUUUGGUUUCGAUGUUCCCUCUUUAGAAGAUCCAGCUAUCGAGUACAUCCACAAUUCCGGAAAGCGUCAGAUUGAAGGUACACUUCCCGGUACUCAUCUAGUUGACAUCAUGCCAUGGAUGAACAGUUUGCCACUGUGGCUGAAGCCGUGGGAGCGGCGAGCAAGGGCGUACUUCAAAGACGAUGUACAAUGGGCGAGGACUCGCAUGGUUAAAACCCAAAUGCUCCCUUUCGAUCAUCCUGCAUUCUUAAGACAUAUUCUUAAUGAUGAGAAGAGGUGUGGUAUUUCUUGUGAUGAUGAGGCAGCGUUCUUGAGCUUGCAGCUGAUUAUCGGAGCUGCUGAUACACCAAAAAUAGUUUCUAAUCAAAUAUCUGAAAAUAGCCGUAUAUCGACAUGGACAUUCCUAGAAGCCAUGAUGCUGUAUCCCGAAGUACAGGUGAAAGCUCAGAAAGAAAUAGAUUUCAUUGUUGGCAAUCGGAUCCCUACCUGGGACGACCUGAAGGAUAUCCCCAUCGUCGGCUGCCUCAUGAAAGAGGUGUGGCGAUGGCAGCCUCCCGUAGCCCUAGGCCAUCCCCACACAACGACAAGAGAUCUCGAGUAUGAGGGCCUCCGAAUCCCCAAAGGUGCGCGGUUGCACCUCAAUGGUUGGGCCAUUCAACAUGACCCAAAUCGACAUUAUGACCCCGAUGAAUUCCGCCCCGAGCGUUGGGUGAAUGAUCAUUCAACGACCCAGCAAAGCACCAACUCCCCCGACCCUUCGUUGCGAGAUCAUUUCGCUUUCGGCGCAGGGAGACGAAUCUGUCCUGGGAUACAUAUAGCAGAGCGCUCGCUCGCCGUAGCAAUCAUGCGGAUCCUCUGGGCUUUUGACGUGAUCCUCAAACCUAGCGUUCGAGGCAAAGGAACACUUGAUCCGAAGACGUAUGCGGGGUUUAUGCCUGGAAAUCUGGGAGAGAAUUUGCCUGUUUGUUUGGUGUCUAGGAGUAAGGAGAGAGUUGCGGAUGUGGAGAGGGAGUGGGAGAGGGAGAAUAAGGAGAGGGAUUGA